UGCCUGCAAGCUUGACCACUGAGCGACUGAGAUACAACAACACGACCAGCCAACCACCCCAACAGUGCUUUCUUUGUCGUCGUCCCCAUUCACAUGCGCACCCCAACAGCACAGCAACAGCAUUCAGCAUUGUCGCAUCGUGCACGGGAAAUAUGCACAGACAGAGCAUGCGAAAGACGCUGAGCGGCAGCAGCCACAGCAGCGGCCGCGGACAGAAGAGCGCCAAGGAGAGGGGCACCUCCUCUUCCCCCUUACCUCCUUCACCUCCUCCUUCUUCUUCCUCGCGCAGGACGGGAGAUGGCUGGCUGCACGGCAACGGGCUGGUGCUGGUGCUGUGCAUCUUUGCCGCUGGCUGCGCUGUUGGCUGGACUGCUCGAGGCUUCCUUGACAGCCAAGGUCAAACGCAGCCACUGCCACCGCCACCGCCUCACGGAAAUGGGACGCGCGAGGACAAUACAACUGACCCAGCACCACUGCCUCCGCUGCCGCCGUGUGAUUUCUAUCCUGGCGGGUUUAGGGAGCCGGCCGAUGUUGGCGAGUGCGUGUACCCGGUGCAGAUGCUGGUGACUGGUGUUCCCAAGCACGCUGCCAUGUGGCAAGACGAGGCGACGGCGUUUGUGGGCAGCAAGUUGAUUGGCGAUGAGAGUGCACCCGUGAGUUCGCGUGUACUGGAAGGCACGCCGUUCUUUGUGGCGGGCGUGAGCACGUUUAGCAAUGUGGACGAGGUUCCGGGCAAGGUGAAGAAUGCCACGGCGAUUGCUUUGUAUUUUGCCAAGCUGAAGCACGAGCAUGCCAAGGACGAAAUCCCACCACAGUUCCACGACACCUCCCUCGCUCUCCAGCAACAGCACGGCGUGACCACCAUCCCCGUGUGCCUGGCCGUGGACGGUGCUCCUGAUGCGCCGGAGCGCGUGCCCGUGCGCCAAAACUGCCCGCACUGGCUGCUUGUGAGCCAGGAGGUGGAGGAUGGCCAGUUUGUGUACCCGAUGAACACGGGCUGGGCUGGCUUACCGCGCGAGUUGCGCAGCCUGAGCAAGGACAUUGCAACCCGCCUCAAAGACACUCCCAAGCAACAGUCACAACAGCAACAGCAUCAGCAACAACAUCAGCAACAACAACAACAACAACAGCCGACCAAGACCACAUGAUUGUGUUUGUAUGUUUUUGCUUUGUGUGUGUGUAUGCGUGCAUGUCACCCAUUGCAUUCUGUACGUUUGGUUCCCCGUGUCACCAAAUACACAAAGCGUUCACGUCUAA